CUAGUCGGACUCAUUAACAACAUUAAAGAUGGACAAUUUUGCUCCUCUAGUCUACGCUCCUGACGUGGUUGUUCCCGGCGUUUCAAGGAACGACGCAUUGCUAUGUUUACCGAAUUCACUUUCACCGGAUCUUGUGAAAGGUAAAGUGGUAUUAUGUUUAAGAGGUUACGGUUCAGGUUCAACAAUUGGUAAAGGUCUUGAGGUAAAACGAGCCGGAGGAGUUGGUAUGAUUUUAGCAAAUUCUCGUGAUAACGAUGCAUUCGACGUUGAGUCUCAUUUCGUACCAACUGCUUUGGUUUUCUCAUCCACGCCGGAUAUUAUUGCGCCAGGACUGAAUAUAUUAGCCGCGUGGAGUGGGGCGGAUUCAGCGAGCAAAGAUUCGAUAGACCAACGAGUUUUAGCUUCGAUGACCAACGAGGACAAUGAACCAAUCCAAGACUAUGAUGGUUCACCCGCAAACCCAUUUGCGCUUGGGUCAGGACAUUUUAGACCAACAAAAGCUGCAUCUCCCGGUUUAGUCUACGAUGCAUCAUACCAAUCUUACCUUCUAUACUGCUGUUCUGUUGGUUUAACCAAUCUUGACCCGACAUUCAAAUGUCCUAGUCGAAUCCCUCCCGGUUAUAACCUGAAUUACCCGUCAAUCUCAAUUCCAUAUCUCGCUGGAACAGUGACCGUUACGAGGACGGUCACACGUGUUGGACGACCGGGUAAUUCAUCAAGCGUAUAUGUCUUCAACGCUCAACCGCCGUAUGGUGUCAUUGUUAAAGCUGAACCAAAUGUUUUGGUCUUUGAUCGGAUUGGUCAGAAGAAGCGGUUUAACAUCAGUUUUACGACACAGAGAUACGAGUUUACAGGUGAGGCUCGGAGGGAUCGAUAUCGGUUUGGAUGGUUUAGUUUUUUUUGAUAGGAAUGUGAAUAUCAUAUAAAAUGAAGAUUUGAGG